UCAGUAGCUCUCCACACCAUCCAAACUCUGAGUAUCUCCACCCAAAUACAAUGGCUGUCUCUAGUAAAUUCCUUCUCUUUACAGCAUUGCUCUUCUUCCUCUUCGCCUCUCCAUCCCUUCAAGCUUCCUUUAGGCCUAAAGCAUUGGUCCUUCCGGUCUCAAAAGACGCUUCAACUAACCAAUAUGUGACCCAGAUCAAGCAAAGAACCCCUUUAGUGCCUGUCAAGUUGACCCUUGAUCUUGGUGGUGAAUUUCUUUGGGUUGAUUGUGAUCAGGGUUAUGUCUCAUCUUCCUACAUGCCUGCUCGUUGCAACUCGGCACAAUGCUCCUUGGCUAGGUCCAAGUCUUGUGGAAGUUGUUUCGAUGGCCCCAAGCCAGGCUGCAACAAUAACACUUGCGGUCUCCUCCCAGCCAACACUGUCACCCGCACUGCCACCGGUGGUGAGGUUGCCCAAGAUGUUGUGUCAGUCCAAUCUACCAAUGGAAAAAAUCCUGGGCAAGUUGUUUCUGUGCCUAAGUUUCUCUUCACUUGUGGGUCUACAUUUCUCUUAGAAGGUCUUGCUAGUGGUGUUAAGGGCAUGGCUGGUCUUGGAAGAACAAAGAUUUCCAUGUCUUCCCAAUUUGCUGCCGCUUUUAGCUUCCAUAGAAAAUUUGCAGUUUGUUUGACUUCUUCUUCAAGUUCUAAUGGUGUUGUCUUCUUUGGUGAUGGGCCUUACGCUUUCCUUCCUAACAACAUUGACAUCUCCCAAUCUCUCAUCUACACCCCUCUCAUUCUCAAUCCCGUCAGCACAGCACCUGCUUCCUUUGAAGGUGAACCUUCUGCUGACUACUUCAUUGGAGUCAAGGGUAUCAAGAUCAAUGGAAAAGCCGUGCAAUUGAACAAUACUUUGCUGUCCAUUAACAAAGAAGGCCACGGUGGAACAAAGAUCAGCACUGUUACUCCCUACACUGUCAUGGAAACUUCAAUCUACAGAGCUGUAGUUAAUGCCUUUAUCAAGGCAAUUUCCCAGAUUCCUAGGGUACCAGCAGUAGCACCAUUCAGUGCAUGUUUCAAGGCGAAAAGCUUUGGCAGCACACGCGUUGGCCCUGCUGUGCCCCAAAUAGAUCUUGUGCUGCAAAGUAAAGAUGUCAUUUGGACGAUUUUCGGUGCAAACUCAAUGGUGCAAGUCAGCAAUGAUGUAUUGUGUCUUGGAUUUGUUGAUGGAGGAUUGGAGCCCGCGACUUCGAUAGUGAUCGGAGGGUAUCAGAUAGAGCACAAUCUUCUGCAGUUUGAUCUAGCCACAUCAAGGCUUGGAUUCACCUCUUCUCUCCUGUUCCGACAAACAACAUGUUCCAACUUCAACUUUACAUCCACUGCUUAAAGCUAGGGGGUCCAGCUUUUCACUCUCAUUAGCAAUAACUUAAAGAUUGAGUGAAGGAUUAAAUUGCUUGUCGAUUUCGAAGACUAAAAUUUGUAUAAAAAAAAGUUGGCCUGGUUGCUUGGCAAAGGUCUCGCCCUUGUUAUUCAAACUGCAAGUUGCAAUAAAAAGUGGUGCAUUUCUUUA